AUGACUUCUUUGGUCCCCAACCUCCAGCGGCCAUUGCUUCUGGUUUGCCUCUUACUGCUGCUGCUGCUGGUUCAAGGAGUGAAGCCUCAGAGCGGAGACCCAAAUGAGAAUGGGAGGAGCCAAAAAGAAAAGAUGGCCUCCCUGACAGGUGAGGGGGACGAAGAGCUAGAGGAACAGUUUGUGGCUUCCUCGGUUGGAGAGGUGCUACAGUUGCUGACCGGGGAGCACUCACACGAGGAAGAAGCAGAAGUAGAAGUGGGACCAGAAGAGAGCACAGCUGUGCGGGACCACCUCUUUGACCUGGCCUUUUGCUUCAACAUCGCCAGCAUCCUGUUUUUUUUAUGA